AUGUCAGGUGUAUUAUUGGGGUUAAGGGCCUUUUUGAUGGCUGCGGUGGUGUGUCUCUUCGUUUUGCUGUUCUGGAAACGGUUCCGGACACGCAAACUCUACCCUCCCGGCCCUCUGAAGCUCCCUUUCAUUGGAGGCCUGUGGCGCGUUGGAUUCAAGCUCUCUCUCGACACUUUCAUCAAGUUGGCUAAGACAUAUGGGAAUGUUUAUACUUUGUGGAUGGGCAGCCAACCUGCAGUGGUGCUAUCUGGAUUCGAAGCAGUGAAAGAAGGGCUGAUCAACCAUGCCGAAGAUUUCUCGGACCGACCGGUGUCCAAGGCAACGCAAGAGAUAUUAAAAGGAAGGGGUAUUAUUUUGUCAAAUGGCCACACCUGGAAGCAACAAAGGAAAUUCGGGAUGGUUACCAUGCGGAAGUUGGGACUGGGGAAGAAAGGCAUGCAGCACCAAAUAGAAGAGGAGGCCCAUCAGCUUGUUGAGACUUUUGCACGUGCAAAGGGGCAGCCAAUCGACCCUUCGUUACCCAUCAGAAAUUCUGUCUCCAAUGUGAUCUGUGCUGUGACUUUUGGACACCGCUUUUCUAUGGAUGAUGGAGAAUUCCUCAAAUUGAAUGAAGCUGUUGGAUAUAUCUUACAAUACAGUACUACCUUAAUUAGUAUUUUGUACGACAUUUUCCCGUGGCUUGUGAAAAUUAUCCCAGGACCUCAUAAGAGGGCAAACAGCUUCACAGAGGUGGUGCUUGAAUUUGCAAGGAAGGAGAUAGCACUCCACAAGGAGAAUCAGGCACUGCAUGAGCCACAGGAUUUUACUGAUUACUAUCUAUUUCAGAUAGCAAAGAGCAAGAAUGACCCCGAAUCUACCUUCAAUGAAGAGAACUUGACUCAGUGCAUUUUUGACUUAUUUAUUGCUGGGACAGACACAACCACCAGUUCUCUGGAAUGGGCAGUGUCCUUGAUGGCAGCUUACCCAGAUAUCCAAGAGAAAGUCCAGAAGGAAUUGGAAGAUGUUUUUGGUUCCUCCCAUUGUAUUGGCUAUCAAGAGCGGAAGAAACUGCCCUACACCAAUGCUGUGAUUCAUGAGAUUUUGCGUGCUCAAUUUGUCUUUUUAUUUGGGGUCCCCAGACAAAAUGUGAAGGAUGUCAACAUGCUCGGAUUUCUCAUUCCCAAGGGGACAGCUAUUAUUCCAGAUCUGCGCUCUGUUCUUCUUGAUCCAAAGCAAUGGGAGACACCGCAGAAGUUCAACCCAAACCAUUUUCUAGACAAGGACGGCAAUUUUGUGACCAGAGAAGCAUUCCUUCCAUUUGGUGCAGGAAUUCGUGUGUGUUUGGGAGAGCAGCUGGCAAGGAUAGAACUCUUCAUCUUCUUCACCAGCCUGCUGAGAGCAUUCACCUUCCGGACUCCAGAAGGAGUGAAAGACCUCAGCCUAAAGCCUGUCAUAGGGUUCACAGUGUAUCCCAUUAACCGGAAACUCUGUGCCGUUCCCCGCACCAGUGGUUCAUAA